UCACCUCUUGUGGUGUCUGUGUAUAUGUUUGCGUGUAACUGCGAGAGACAGUGAGACAGUAUGGAGGAACUGGCAGAGUAUCAUGGGUCCAUCAGCAAGAGGCAAGCAGAAGAGAUCUUGAAUGAAGCUGGCAGAGAUGGCAGCUAUCUGAUCAGAGACAGCAUGAGCUCAGCAGGAUCUUACUGCGUGUGUGUGCGGUGUGAUGGAUGGGUUUACACCUACAGAGUUUUCAAACAAAAGGAUGGACUCUGGACAAUAGAGGUGGCUCCUGGGAUGAAGGAAAGACUCUUUAGGAAAGUCAGUAAUCUCAUUGCUGCCUUCAAGAUCCCAGACCAAGGCAUCUCUGUUCCUCUUUUGUAUCCUGUAAAUAAACCUAAAUAAUAACACACAAGUCAAAGCAAACACCUUAGAACAGUUUUGACAUGAUGUAGUGUAAAUGUGAACAAGAGUAUUUUCUCUGGGGUCUCUUAACCCAAAUGUAAAU